UGGAUAAAGAACUAAACGAGCUACCCCCACGAAAAUAAAAAUAUAUUAAACAAGACUUUUCGCACAGCUGCCAACAUGUUGAAGUGGGCUGUCAACCAGCCGCGCGUAUCCUACCUGGAGGCUCAACCAGAUCGGGAUGCAGCUGGAGGCCAUGUCAUAAGCAGCUACAGCGAUUUCCAACCAACUGCCACGCCCACCCCGAUAGCCGCCUCUCGAACGAAACUGAAUCUGAAUGCGAAUGCGAAGCGACACUCGCUGCUCCACAUCCAGAUGCAGGCGGGCGGCAAGGAGAAUCAGUUGACCUCCACAUUGACAUCGACGCCGCUGCCCGCUGCCUCAGCAGCUGCUGCUGCUGCUGCUGCUGCUGCUCCACGCUGCACUCCGCUGCUGAGAGAUCUGAGCAACAUCCUCUCCCCCCUGCACACGCCUCCUCUGAAGAGAACUGCCUAUGCGUGCACGCUGCCCACCUUCGAGGCGGAGUACUCGCCCGGGCAGAGGGACAACAAGGAUCAGGCGGACAGCCAGAGGGACACGCAGGACAACAGGAUCAUUCCCGGAGCGUUGCUGGCACUGCGUGGCAUGGGCAUCCCGGACAGCUACUUCGAGAAGCCGCGCUACCUCCAGCCAGCUGCCUCUAGCGCGGCUGCGGCUGCCCCUCCUCCCCCAUCGGCUGCUCCUGUUUCGGACCAGGCGACGCUCAGCUCCAGCCAGAUGGGCGAUGUCACCUUGGAGCGCAUGAUCGAUGCGAUCUUGGAAAGCACGCGCAAGCCGCCCGCUGCAGCUCUUCGUCCUCGCUCUCGUGCUCUCCCCCAUCCUCAUCCUCAUGCUCAUUCCCGUUCCCGUUCCCGUUCCCGCCUUCGCCACAUCUCUCGCUCCCACGCCCGUCCAGCUCCACUCCCGCUCGUCUCCACAAGUCACUCGCCCACCUACCGACCCGCCUUCGAUCCAGCCAGCGAUCUGCGCGAGUAUUGGCAGCCACCCACCCAUCCGGAUGCCUACGAGGAGAGGGAAGUGCGCAGUCCACAGGUGGGAUCGGGAGAGGCGUCUCUAUCUCUGGUGGGCAAGCGACGCUCGCUUCAGCAGCUGCGCAGGCAGCGCGUGGUGCGGCGCAAGCGGAAGAUCACAACGAAGAUCUCGUCGAGCGUGCGGCACUCGGCGCAAAAGCUCCUCGCCGCUGCCGCCCGAUCUGCCCACAAGCUGCCCCACCCACAUGCCCACUCCCGAGCUCCCGGCCAGAGGCACAUCAGCCCCGACAGCGGACACAACUCCACCAGCGACUGCGAACUGGAAAUGGAGAUGGAGCUGGAGCUGCAGCUGGAGGAGGAGGCGCGGCUCGCGCCUUUUGCCGACUGCGUCCUCGAGGCGGCGACCAAGCGGCGACUCAGCUUCUCCUUCCACGAGGAGCAUUUCGUGGAGCAGUGA